GAUAAAUGCUUAGCCUUGUGGGAUCAAGAGGAAGAGCUAUCUAGCAUCAGAUCAGCUAGCUAAAGUUUAGAUAGUUGAACAUCCUAGCACUAAUAUAAUCAUAUUUAAAUGUAGGCAGAGUAAAACAUGGUAGUUGAACUAUUUUUUUGAACUAAAAAACACCCCUCGUAUUUCUCUGCUUUAAGCUGGUAGUUUUUUUGGGGUUUUCUGGGACGCGAACCGAACAGCUAGUCAUCCAGCUAGCGUGGUGUUGCUAGCUCAGCUGUCAGCUGUUUGUUUAUGUUUCUGUAAACGUCCUUUCUUCCCUCUAAACACAUGAGUGUUUCACUGGUUGUCAUCCGUCUGGAAAUAGCCGACCAGUCCCCCUUUCCACAAGGGUUUCAAUACUCUGCUGUUGAAGGCAUGUCAGAGGAGGAGCUGCGGGAUAAAAGUCUCUGUUUAGCCAAACAUGCAUUAAAUGGGAAGAGUGAGCUGGAGAGAACAGCCAUCCAGCACCAGCACAUGGGCAGCAGAGCCAUGGGAGACAUGGUGAUAGAAACCUAUGAAGCCAGCUCAGCAGGAGGUGAAGUAGGAAGCGGUGCUGCUCAGGAUGCACAGAGUGGAGCUGAGGAAGCCGGCGCCAGCCAGCAGACGGCUCCAGACUCGCCCUCCAAGCAGCUCCCUGAACAGAUCUCCUUCUUCAGCGGGAACCCGUCAGUGGAGAUCGUCCAUGGCAUCAUGCACCUGUACAAGACCAACAAAAUGACCUCCCUGACUGAGGAUGUGAGGCGCAGCGCCAUGGUGUGCAUCCUCACAGUCCCGGCCACCAUGACCAGCCAUGACCUCAUGAAGCUGAUGGCGCCGUUUAAUGACGUCAUGGAGCACAUGAAGAUCAUCCGGGACUCCACUCCGAACCAGUACAUGGUUCUGAUUAAGUUCUCCUCCCAGGCAGACGCAGACAGUUUCUACACGGCUUGUAACGGACGCCAGUUCAACUCCAUUGAGGAAGCGGUGUGCCAGCUGGUCUAUGUGGAGCGAGCGGAGGUGAUCAAGUCCGAGGACGGAGCCAGCCUGCCAGUGAUGGAGCUGACCGAGCUGCCUAAGUGCACCGUGUGCCUGGAGAGGAUGGACGAGUCUGUCAACGGCAUCCUCACCACCCUCUGCAACCAUAGCUUUCACAGCCAGUGUCUCCAGCGGUGGGAAGACGCCUCGUGUCCUGUGUGUCGCUACUGUCAGACACCAGAGCCGGUUGAAGAGAACAAAUGCUUUGAGUGUGGAGUUCAGGAGAACCUGUGGAUUUGUUUGAUCUGCGGGCACAUCGGCUGCGGUCGCUACGUCAGUCGGCAUGCCUACAAGCACUUUGAGGAAACGCAGCACACGUACGCCAUGCAGCUCACUAAUCACCGUGUGUGGGACUACGCAGGAGAUAACUAUGUGCACCGCCUGGUGGCCAGCAAGACUGAUGGGAAGAUGGUCCAGUUCGAGUGUGAAGGGGAGACCUGCCAAGAUGAGAAAAUAGAUGCCCUCCAGUUAGAGUACUCCUACCUGCUGACCAGUCAGCUGGAGUCUCAGAGGAUCUACUGGGAGAACAAGAUUGUUCAUCUGGAGAAAGAGACGGCCGAGGAGAUCAACAACAUGAAGGCGAAGUUCAAGGAGACCCUGGAGCGCUGUGAUAACCUGGAGCAGCGGUUAGGAGAAAUAAGCAAAGAGAAGCAGAGCUUAGAGAAGAAGUGCACUCAGCUCAACAGCCGCGUGGUGAAGCUGAGCCAGGAGCUGAAGGAGGAGCAGGAGAUGAACCGCUGUCUGAGAGCCAAUCAGGCGCAGCUGCAAGCUCAGCUGGCUGAGGAGGAGCACAAAGGAAAGGAGAGCGCGGACCGAAAGGACGUGGUAAUAACCGAGCUGCAGGAGCAGCUCAGAGACGUGAUGUUUUAUCUGGAGACGCAGCAGAAGAUCGAACAGCUGUCCUCCGAAGCUCGCAGCGAAAUCCAGGACGGGCAGAUCAACAUCCCGGCCGGCCAGGCGGACUCUGAUGGAGCGGGGCCCUCCUCGGGUCGGGCCAGGAGAGGCCGCGGCCGGAAGAGGAAGUAGGCAGGGGCCCAAACCUGCAGGGAAAUUUUCCAAACCAUGACUGCGAGUCAUUGUGACUGUAUUUUAUGGCUUUGGGGCUUUUGACUCCUGAGGAUGACGGAGCAGCAGAAACACUUUCAGCUAAAUAUUUUACCUUUAAGUAGCCUUCAGAGGGAAACCAAACAUCUGUGAUUUUAUUUGAUGAUUCCACAUAGUAAGGCUACCUUGGUUACAAAGUAUCUUCACUAUACAAGUUCAGAAGUUCAGUAUAAUUCAUUGUACAUUUUUUUUGUAUCAAAGCCGGUCAGAUAAAGUCCUCUGAAGUCUAAAAAAAUGCACAACUUCUCUAGAGAUUCAACAAAAGUUGAUGAAUUUUGCCUUUCUUUUUUUUAGACUAUAUUUAUUUAUUGCUCCUUAAGUUUUAGUAACUUUUUCUGUCGACUCUCUUCAGGAAGGUUGUGAAAUUUAGACAGAAAAACAGUUUUCUCACAGCAGAAUAAUUUUAGUGCAGCGUUUCCUAGAAUCAGGUGUUUUGGAGAUAUUUUUUUUUUUAUACCAUGCAGUUUCAUAUUGGUAUAUUUAGAAUAUUAAUUUAUCAGCUGACCAGACAUCCGCUACAUGUUUGGCUCAGGGUUAUUUUAACUCCCUUGACUCAGAGCAAUUCACCUCUGUGUUGUUUUUAAUUUCUACAUCAAACUCUACAUUUUUUUGUAAAUAUAAAAGACAUGUUUGUUUUUUGUUUUUUUCAUUCUGCCCGGCGACAUCAUUGUUAGCACUUUUAGUUUGUCAUUUAUAAAAAUCCCCACGGUCCCUGUUUGAAUAUGACCCUGCAGUGGGAAACGUAUCAGGAAGUAGACGAAACACCAAACAGGAGAAAACGGCAUCAUCUCCUGUUUCUGUAUCAACUGUACAAAGAAAACAUAAGUUAUUUUGAAUUAUUAUCUAUGAAGCAUUAUUUUGGUUAUGAUUUGUAUUUGAAUCUUAAAUACAAAUAUUUUUGCUCUUUGAAGUUUUUGUUUUGUUCCAUCUUAAAAAAAAGGAAGCAAACUUACCCUCACCUGAACCAAAGCUCAGUCUGCUGCUGUUUUGCAGAAAUCUUUUUAGUCAGUGACUUUUUCUAAAGCACAUUUCAAGUCAUUUAAUGUAAUCUCAAUAGGAUAAAUGUCCAGAUUUUGACUAGGCCACACAAAACCCCUCCUUCUGUUGUUUCCCUUUUAUCUUUGCUGUAUUUACAGCUGGACUUACUGUUGUGUUUUGGAUUAACGUCCUGCUGCAGAACCCCAAUUGUGACAAACCGAUGGCUGGACAUUCAUGUUUUACAAUGAUUGUGUCAAAUCAUCCCAAAAGUAACCGCAAAACACAUUAAAACUUCAGAAUUUACUGGAAUCUGCUUUCUUUCACCAUGUUUACAAGUUUGCAUUGCUGGAAAAUCUGUUUUCUGAAUGAUGCUGCAUUCAAUUGGAAUCGGAAACCCUGGAAGGUAUUACAGAAUAUAAUAGUGAAGUCAUCAGCAUAUCAGCUGAUGCCAUUUAUUUUCAUUUAUGUCAAGAUAACAGGAUUUUUCCCAUAUCUACUUUAAAGGUUUUUUUAUUAAAGAGUUUGCAUGAACUGCUGAAGAGUUUUAGACAUUUUGAUUAAUUGGCAAAAAAAAAAAAAUUGACCUGUUGGCUG